AUGAAGAUACUAUCAUGGAAUGUGAGGGGAAUUGGAAGGCCUGAAAAGAGGAGACAAAUAAAGAAGAGUCUUGCAGAGAGAAAAGUGGAUAUUGUGCUAUUACAAGAAACCAAGAAGGCAGUAGUUGAUUCUACCUUGGUUAGGUCUAUGUGGCCUGGGGAGCAAUUUGAUUUCAUGGCAGUAGACGUGAUUGGUCAAGCUGGAGGGCUACUAUGUAUUUGGAACCCUGAGGUGUUUUUCCUGAAGGAUUGCUGCAGUACCCAGAAUUUCAUCCUUUUAUCAGGUACAUUAUUUUCCAGUUUUGAUUGUGUUAUUAUUAACGUUUAUGGUUCUAACGAGGUGGCUAAAAGAAAAGAGACUUGGGAUGUGUUAGUGAGGUUGAAAUCAAAUUUCUUGGGGCCAUGUUGUAUGGGGGGUGACUUUAAUGAAAUUAAGAACAUCUCCGAAAGAAUUGGGUGUUCGAGAAGGGAUCGUGGGAUGAGGGACUUUAAUAAUAUGAUUGCACAACUCGAGUUGAUAGACAUUCCUAUGUUAGGGAAGAAGUUUACUUGGUGCAAUUCUCAAGUUAGAGAGAAAUGGAGCAGAAUUGAUCGAUUUCUUCUCAACUAUGAGUGGGUGCAGAAUUUUUCCUUUAAACUAUGGGGGCUUCCUAGAUUUCUGUCCGAUCAUUGCCCUAUUAUUUUGAUGGAGGAUGAUAGGGAUUGGGGCCCGAAGCCUUUUAGGUUCCUCAAUGCCUGGCUUCUACAUCCCAAAUUUUUAUCUUGUGUUCAACAAAGUUGGUCGGAAUCUGCUGUGGAUGGAUGGGCAGGGUUUAAAUGUCUUAUGAAGUUUAAAGCACUGAAACAGGUCCUCAAACAGUGGAAUGUUGCGGUGUUGGUAAGAUUGAAUCAAAAUUGA